AGAUGUUUCCAACAAGGGCACGUGUGUCAAGCUUCUGUUCACAUUAAUCAUCAUGCCGCGAUGAGAAGUUAGGAGGAAACUGGCUGGCUACUGGGUGGAGAGCUGGCUCUGGCUAGCAGCAUGUGUUUAUCCCGUUAUUAUAUAUAUAUAUAUACACAACCCAUCACGUUCCUUCAGAGGGAUUGUGUGUUCACAACUGAGUCUGUUGGUCAAAGUUGAAGAAAAACGGGGAAAUUCAGUUCCCACUUUUGGUCAGAUAAGUUGACAUUCAAAAGCUGGAAAAUUACAGGAGAAAGAUUGGUCGUAGAAAGGCACCUAACAAUAAUAUUGUUGAAGGUGCAAAGCCCCCUGUUCUUCUGUCUGCAGUGCUCAAGGUGGAGAAAGAGAUGGCUGAGAAUGGAAGGGUACAUCCAGAUUGUAUGAAUGCUUCAAACCCUUACCAUGAAUGUGGUGUAGCUUGCCUUGAAAGGAUUUCCCAAGGGAAGAGAAGGAAAGAGAAGAAACAGUCAGAUUAUCAUAAUGGUGUAAAUGAGGGUUGGUCUAGCAAAAACAAGGAUGAAGAAAGAAGAGCACAGCCUACUUGUCCCAAAGCAUCUAAUCCUUACCAUAAAUGUGAGGAAUUUUGUUCUAAUAGAACUGCCGAGGCCAAUCCCAAGGGGGUUAAAAAGGAAACAGGAGGAGCACAGCCUACUUGUCCCAAAGCAUCUAAUCCUUACCAUAAAUGUGAGGAAUUUUGUUCUAAUAGAACUGCUGAGAUUAAUCCCAAGGGGGUUAAAAAGGAAACAGGAGGAGCACAGCCUACUUGUCCUAAAGCAUCUAAUCCUUACCAUAAAUGUGAAGAAUUUUGUUCUAAUAGAACUGCUGAGAUUAAUCCCCGUGGGGUUAAAAAACAAUCAGAAAGAGCACAGACAUGCCCCAGAGCAUCUAACCCUUACCAUAAAUGUGACGAAUUUUGUUCCAACGGAACUUUGGAGGCCAAUCCCCAGGGGGUUAAAAAAGAAUCAGGUUCCAUUAUUGAUGCUGCUUUAAGCUUUGGUAGAAAAAAGAAGGAAUCUGGAUCUCAGCAGAACUCUCCCCGAGCUGUUAACAAUGUCCCUGUGGUAAAAGCAGCUCGCCGUGUUCCAUCACCUCUUCCUACUAAAAAGCAUGAUGAAGCUGCGAAUAGUGGAUCGUUUUCCUCAUCUCAACAACGUUCUGAUGAAAGUUAUUCUGAAGAUCAUUCUUUCGACAAGGGGCCAGUUCAAUCCCCUGGACCAAUGCAUGUGUCUGGGAAUAUCACGCCUGAUCCUCCCAAGAGCCCUACAAAGCUUAGUUUGGCCUGCUAUAAAAUUCCAACACCAGCUGAGCCGCAACAGAAUGGGAAGCUCCAUGGUUCACCAAAGGCUGCUACAUAUCCUUCUGCUAACCAUGAGGAAAAAGUCACUGAUGGUCCUAUUUCCGAGUAUCUGGACUUCAGCUUUUCAGGCAUAUCUCGUGCUUCAGAAGAGAGUGACGAGGAAGAGGUUCAAUCUGUCAUCUCUGAUUCCUGUGUGUCGGUAGGGAAAUAUCACGUGAGAGAAAAUAUUGCCUCUAUUCUACAGUUAAUCUUGGACAAGUAUGGUGAUAUAGCAGCAGGCAGUCGAUUGGAAUCAGCUUCCAUGCGAGCUUAUUAUUUAGAGUGUCUGUGCUCUGUGGUUCAUGAGUUGCAGCGCACUUCUUUCAAGCAGUUGACAAAUUCCAAAGUUAGAGAAAUGUUGGCUGUUCUCAAGGACGUAGAAUCCGCACAGAUUGAUGUUAGUUGGCUACGGGAUAUACUCAAUGAUCUGGCCGAAGGCAUGGAGCUGAGCAGUCAGCAUCAAGCUGCGGAAGAAGCAAAAUCAAAGUGUGAUCAUGCUAUAGAGUCAGUAAAAAAAGAACUAGAAUCCAUGAUGGAGGAUCUGGCUCAAAAAGAGAAGGCAGUUGCUGAUGCUAAAGCACAAAUCUCUGAAACAAGAGAUCGCCUGAAUAAGCUAGAGCUCGAUUCUUCUCGGUUAAGUGAGACUAUUUCUUCAAUCUGGUCGACAGUCGAAAAGUUUCAUGAAAAGCCCUUGGCAGAUGAGAUCUUGUAAUGCAACUGCCAGGCAAAACAACAACUACUACCUGAUACUUCUUGUAUUCUAUGUGUUCCAUAUUUACAAUUUUACAGAAUUUAAUUGUAUGAAUCAAAUUACAAAAACAUGUAGAUGAUACUAGACAUGGACAUAGACAUUGUACUUUAGUAUGUUAUAAAGUUUAUUAGUGUAUUAUAAGUUCUGUGA